AGUCUUGGUUGUCUGAUCUUCAUUUCGGCUACUGAAGAAAUUUCUCUUGCACUCACUCUCUCAGUAGCCAUGGAAGCUCUUUUGCUCCUUUUGCUUUUGUCUUUCUUAUAUUCAAUACCAAAUAUUUGCUUGGGAAAUGAUUUAAUUACUAAAACCAAAUUCCUUAGAGAUGGGGACACCAUCGUUUCAGAGGGUGGAACCGUUGUAAUGGGAUUCUUUAGCCCAACCAAUUCCUUAAACCAUUACAUAGGUAUAUGGUACAAACAAGAUCCACUUAAGACAGUGGUUUGGGUUGCAAACAGAGAUGCUCCACUUGCUGACACAUCUUCGGCUGUCUUGAAGAUCAACCUGGGAGGCCAACUUGCACUUCUUGGAGACAAGGGUCAGGCUGUUUGGUCUGCCAACACAUCAAGAUCAUCGGUGCAAAAUCCGGUUGCAGAGUUGCUGGAUUCAGGGAACCUGGUGGUGAGAGAUGCAGAUGAUGAAAACCCCGAGAAUUUUCUCUGGCAAAGUUUUGAUUAUCCAACUGACAAUUUUUUACCCGGAAUGAAGGUUGGGUGGAAUUUGCAGACUGGGCAUGAGGUUUUCUUAACAGCUUGGAAGAGUGAAAAUGACCCAGCUUCAGGCCAAUAUACACUGCACCUGGAUCCUACUGGAUAUCCACAACUUAUUGUCAAGAAUGGAACAACUGUGAGUUCUAGCACUGGUCCAUGGAAUGGUGUGCACUUUAGUGUAACAUCAGUAAAACAGAACAGCAGCAUCCUUGGCCCACAUGGACUGGUAAUAAAUAAAAAGGAGGUUUAUUAUUGGUAUAGUCUCAAUAAGGAUUUGGGAUUAAUUAGAUUUGUUGUUACAUGCAAUGGUGUUUUUAGGUCAACGGUAUGGGAAGAUCAGAUCAAACAAUGGAUGAAUUAUCGUAAGCAACCGUCAGAUACUUGUGGCAUAUAUGAUUUAUGUCGUACAAACGGUCUCUGCAACAUACAGGAAUUUAGUAGUUGUGGAUGUUUAGACAAGUUUUUGCCUAAUAAUAAUAAUAAUGCUGCAACAGAGAGUUUGUUACGAGGAUGUCAUAGGAGAAAACCCCUGAAUUUCCACAAUAAUGGAUCUUCAUCAGAUGGAUUCCUCAAAUAUUCUGAUAUCAAAUUGCCAGAUACGAGGCAGUCUUGGUAUAAUGAAUCUAUGAGCCUUCAAGAGUGUAAACAAGUUUGCUUAAGGAAUUGCUCUUGUAUGGCUUAUUCCACUCUCAAUAUUACCAACGGAGGAAGUGGGUGUUUGAUUUGGCAUGGUGAUUUGGUUGAUAUGAGAACAAUACAGAAUGGGCAAGACAUAUUCAUCAGACUGGCUGCUAGCGAAAUACCAGGGUUAAAAGCAGAACCAAAUCAUUCAAGCUCAAUGGGGAGGAAAACACGGCUCCUUGUUCUUUGUUUGUCGCUGCCGGCUGUAACCGUUCUUGCAGGUGUGUCGUUUGUCUGGUAUUUUUGCAGAACUAGAAAGAGAGAACAAAAGAUGGAGAAUGAAUUGGAGCUACCCAUAUUCGAUUGGUCAACAAUAUCAAGAGCUACAAAUAACUUUUCAGAGAAGAACAUGCUAGGUCAGGGUGGAUUUGGAGUAGUGUACAAGGGUGCUCUGGAUGGGGGAGGAGAAAUAGCUGUAAAAAGGCUAUCAAAGAAUUCCAUGCAAGGACUUGAGGAAUUCAAGAAUGAAGUUAUUUGUAUUGCCAAAUUACAACAUCGAAAUCUUGUCAAGCUUUUGGGAUGUUACAUUAAUGGUGAAGAAAAUAUAUUGAUCUAUGAAUACAUGUCAAACAAAAGUUUGGACUUUUUUAUAUUUGAUCAAACAAGGAAAAAGUUACUUGGCUGGCUAAAACGCUUCAACAUAAUCAAUGGAAUUGCUCGUGGGGUAUUGUAUCUCCAUCAAGAUUCUCGACUAAGAAUUAUUCAUAGGGACCUCAAGAGUAGCAAUGUUUUGCUUGAUAUUGACUUAAACCCAAAAAUAUCAGACUUUGGGUUGGCUAGGAGUUUAGUAGGAAAUGCAACAAGGCAUAACACAAAACGACUUGCUGGAACCCAUGGGUAUAUAUCUCCAGAAUACGCAACACAUGGUAUCUUCUCAUCUAAGUCAGAUGUGUUUAGCUUUGAUGUUCUAAUACUAGAAAUAGUCAGUGGCAAGAAAAAUAGUGAAUUUUCUAAUGAAGAUCGAUACGAGACCCUUCCUGGCCAUGCAUGGAAGCUUUAUAAAGAAGGAGAAUCACUCACACUAGUUGAUGAGUGUAUAUCUGAUUCUUUUGAUAUAGAUCAAGUCUUAAGGACAAUCCAUAUCGGUCUUUUAUGUGUGCAACAAUCUCCAGAAGAUAAACCAAACAUGUCUUUUGUUGUUCAAAUGCUGGUUAAUGAUGCUGUGUUGCCUCAACCUAAAGAACCUGGCUACUUCGUUCGCAGGAGGGCUGCUAUUAACUCAGAGAGUUCUUCAGGCAAACAUGCAACAACUUCUCUCAAUGAAGUCACAAUGUCAUCACUGGAUCCUCGUUGAAUAAUGUCCCUUGAG